GACAGGUGGUCAAUGAGUUGGACUUACAUAAGGAUGAAUAUGUAAAUUGUUUUAUAACACUCAUACUGGUCAAGAACAUGACUAGAGAUUGACCUUUGUCAUGGGUUGUAUAUAAAAACUCAGAUAAAUCAGAAAGUUUAUUAAUAGUGCUGGAACUGAAGAGUCAAGGAAUCUCAAAUUUUUAAACGUUUAAUAUUUUUAUUCGACGUGAAGUUUUGUAGACGGGUUUGAAAAAAAUGAAAAUUCUAUUUCUUGUUGUUAUUUUGGUGCAGCUGUGCAUCUGCUCUGCCAGCAAACCUUCCAGAUCUGAUGUCAAAAACUUAAUUGAUAAACUUUACCAAAAAAUCUUGGACUCCCAAGUGAAGAAAAGUGCCAAAUUCUUCCCGCCCUUUUCAUGGAUUAAGCAGAAAGGAGUAUGGGAGAGUGAUGUCAUGUUAAAUUUACAUGGCGAUUUUGCUUUCACCAUUUUACGAGACAUUUUUCGAAUUUUUGACAAUAAUAUGUUUGCUACAUCGUGGAUAACAACUUGUCUUAUCGAGGCUCACAAAUAUGGAAUUGCGCGCAAACCUGAUGAAGCCACAGUAACAAUGGCUUUGGAAUCUAUUAAUGAGUACAGUAACCAUAAUGUUCCAUAUAAUAAUUCUCAGAUGAAUUUCUGGCCACCAGCCUACAACUCUACACUGAAGAUUUGGCAAAGCACUCCAGAAAAUUUGUUGGAUUUGUUUAAAUUGACAGAUUAUUUCCCCGGUAAAACCAUAGAAGAGAUUCUAACUCUUUUGGGUCAGAAAAAGGUAGCAGACACCAUUAAAAGUCUUUUAGCCGAUAGAGUAAUGUUUGAAGAUGCUUUUCAUAUACCAUCUGAUUUCGAUGAUACUUUUGUAAAUGUUGGACUUGGAUCAUUGCUUGCUUCUGCUAAAUCAGAGCUACCAUCAGCUUUUAACACAUGGCAACAACAUAAUACCAAUUUAUCCUCAGUAAUUGAUGCUGUUACCAGAUAUGCCUAUAAACCAUUUUCUAAAGAUCAACGUGUUAACACUAUCGAUCCUAGAACAUAUUACUAUAUGAGAGAAUUUUUAGAAAAAGCCGGUGGAACUGACUUAGCCUUGGUUCCUACAUGGAUCCAGGAUACCGAUGAAGUAAGGGUGUUAUAUGCUAAAGGUGUUGCCAUGCCAUUCAAUGUAAAUAAUGUAGACUGUACAGUAGCUGCUAAUACCAUAUUUGGUAUAACGUCUGCUGUUUUAAAUGGUUUGUUACAAGUGAAUAUUUUCAGUGAUGUUGCUUUACAAAAAGUGUAUUUAGACACAGCUUCAAUGAUAGCCUUUCAAAUAGAGCAUGAUUUUGGUGGAAGAGUUGAUUUAGCUUUGACAUAUUAUCCUUCCCUGUUUGAGUUUUAUUGGUUUGUUGCUAGAACAUAUAACAUGUUAGAAAGUCAAGACUUUUCAUCUUUACCAUCAGAAUUACAACAAGUGUACCACAUGUUUAAACCAGUUUUGAAAGAUCGUGCUACAACUAGAGUUAUAAAAUCAGCUGUUUUAGAAGAUGUAGAUUUACUUUAUUUUGAUGAUUUCCUGGGUGAUGAUGAUAGAAGUAUCUUCAACAAGUCAAAGAAUGAUGCAGAAGACAGAAUAUUUACAACGACAAUGGCCUUAAAUACUUUAUUAACAAUAUGGACCGUUCAAGCUAACGAUAAUACUACUCUUAGCUGGCAAAAAGAUACACCAGCUAGUGUAGUACCAACUGUAUUUUGUAUUAUAUAUUUUUAG